AAUUAAACGUGACCGCAUUGUGAUGAAUGAUGAUAUAAUAUUUUCCCUCAGCUGGUCAAGUGAAGUAUAAAUUAUAUCAUGUAUAAUGUAGCAUGGAUGAUUCAUCCAUAUACAACAUUUGUGUGCUACCAGCUUUGAGGCUACAGAAGUGAGCUCUGAUCAAGCCGCAGAGCAUAGAUAAGCUAAGAAAUAACAAACCAGAUGUCAACUCCGAAUAGGGACUAUGUGGAACCAGCUCCAGUGGCUGCGUUUGAGAUGGGAGAGCUGCUGACAUGGUCCUUUUACAGAGCAGUGAUCGCGGAGUUUGUAGCCACCCUUCUGUUUCUUUACAUAAUCAUUGCCAUUAUUAUUGGCCACAAGAAGCAGGACGAACCGUGUGAUGGUGUUGGCCUUCUUGGUAUUUCUUGGGGUGUCGGUGGCAUGAUCUUCGUCCUGGUUUACUGCACUGCAGGCAUAUCUGGGGGUCAUAUUAAUCCGGCAGUGACUUUUGGGCUAUUCUUGGCAAGGAAGGUAACGCUGGUCCGAGCUCUGGGCUACAUGGUGGCACAGUGUUUGGGAGCCAUAUGUGGAGUGGGGUUAGCUAAGGCGUUCAUGAAGCAUGAUUAUAAUAGGAACGGAGGUGGAACCAACUCUAUUGCGGAUGGCUACUCCAAAGGCACGGCCCUGGGGGCUGAAAUUAUAGGCACUUUUGUUCUUGUAUAUACCGUCUUCUCGGCUACUGACCCCAAAAGAAAUGCACGAGAUUCUCACAUUCCUGUUCUGGCUCCAUUGCCCAUAGGAUUUGCUGUGUUUCUGGUGCACUUGGCCACCAUUCCAAUAACUGGGACCGGUAUCAAUCCUGCUAGAAGUUUUGGAGCUGCUGUGAUCUACGGCCACGAUAAAAUAUGGGAUGAUCAGUGGAUAUUCUGGGUUGGACCAUUUGUGGGAGCGCUGGCAGCUGCUGUUUAUCACGAAUUCGUAUUGAGAGCUGGAGCGCUCAAGGCACUUGGAUCAUUUCGUAGCAAUCGCAACUCCUAACUUCCAUUCAUCUUUUGAAUUGAUCUCCUCCUUUUUCUAUCCAUCACCCCUCCUGUGAUUUUUUCCUAUGGUGCACUUUUUCGGUUUUCUUCUACUUAUUUUGUGAGCUUCUCUCUGCUACAGCGGACGCAAACACUUAUGAAAUAUAUCUGAUGAACAGAUAGGCUUGUUUGCUCUGUA